AUGACCACUACUUACCAAGAACCUCACCAAGAUGAUCACCAUGACGACGAAACCGGCAAUGAAAAUUUCGGUACAGGUCGAUCUUAUGACUGUGUAUUUUGCAAGAGGGGUUUCACCAAUGCACAGGCAUUAGGUGGACAUAUGAAUAUUCACAGAAGAGAUAGAGCUAGAACUAGUAGUAGGAAUGCUAUGGUUAUUCCUAAUCAACCUAUUCCGAAUCAUCAAAAGAACAACAUUAAUGAUUAUUCAUCGAUGCAUGGGGGGUACUUACGUGCAAAUUCUACAGAUGAAGUGUGUGUUUCUCCGGUAAUGAUGGAUCCACUGGUGAACUACAACAGGUAUUAUUCGUCUUCACCUUCUUCUGCGUCUACUCGAAGCACUAGUAGGCACCAAGCUCUACCACCACAGCAGCCAUUGAGGUUGUUCGAAGAAGAUAAUCGGUAUACGGGUUUAGGGUUACGAAUGAGUUAUUAUGCAGAAGAAAUGAAACAAAAUGAUAAUGAAAUUCAUCAAGAAGUUGAUUUAGAGCUUCGACUUGGACUAGUUAAGUGA